AUGAAACCCCAAUUCAUAUAUCCAAUUCCGAAUUAUGGAGAUUGGUAUAUCGUAAUCACCACAACUGCCCAUCAUUUCUAUUUCAAUUCUAAAGAUGGCAAUUCAUAUUGGCAAUUGUCUGAUCUAUCAGAAUCUUACAACCUAAAUAUUGAUGAGUUUUUACAACGUGUUAAUUUCGACGAAUUGGCUUUAUUGCUUGCAAAAGCCAGGGGAUUGCGGGUGGUAGGUAAGAAAGAUAAGAAAAUCGAAGAGAAGGAAGAAGAGGAAGAAGUGGAGGAAGUAGACGUUCAAAGAGAGACGGAGGUGUUUAUUGACAGGAACAUAGAUGAAGAAGAGGUGGUUGUCGACAGACACGACGAAGAGGAUGCUACCCACGGAUCUGAGGAUAAAGAAAUAGACCAGACUGAGAGACUGGCUCCAAGCACGGGAAUUCUUCAAGGAUAUUAUUCAUCAAGUGAGGAGGAAGAAGAAGAAGAAGAAGAAGAAGAAGAAACAGAAGAAGUCCCAGUCGCACCGCAAGAACUGACUGAAAUAGAUCUUGACGAAAUCGCAAUAAAAGCAAUUGAAUUGACAAAGCAGCAACAGCAGAACCAUCUCCAUUCUCUGCUUAGCCAAUAUUCUGGAUAUGAUAGUUGGGAUCUAAUUGAAGAUGAAAACAUUACUGAGUUUAUAAAAUAUCCUGAAUUCUACUCUGUUGGAUCAAAACAAAGACGAGAAGAAAUCUUUAAGAAAUGGUGUGAAGAUCGAGAUCAGAUUCAACUGGAAGAGCAAAACGAAGAGGAAGAUGAUGUGGAGGAAGUUGUUGGCAGGUUCCCUACUCCUACUUUACUAUUGUUUAAAUUUCUCCAGGAAAAUAAAUCAGCAGUCAAGGAUUCAUAUUAUCAAAGCUUUUAUAAUGAUCAUUAUCAACAUAUAAACCUGAUUCAAUUGACGAAUAAUGUGAAAGAAUUGGUGUUUCGAAAAUUUAAGAAAUUCAUCAAUGAUUUUUCCGAAUAUGAGCGGAAUUACAAGAAAUCAGAAAAUCUGGGGAAGGGGAAGGGGCAGAAGAAAGAAAAUUUAAAAGUAACGAGAUUGAAUGAAUAUCUUAAACAAUGUAAUCUUAAAGGUGGGUCGUAUAAGUAUAAUGAGAAUAUAUCAUACUUUGAUAAUUGGAUUCAAUUAUUAAACAUCAAUAAUAUCGAUUUGGAAAUUGCGGAAAAUGAAAUAAAUUUUUUAGUUGGUGAUGAAAAAAGAUUCAAUUGUUAUAAUGCACAAAUCUCUUCUACUUCUUCUUAA